UGUCGUCGUCAUCAGCCGAGCGACGCGCUUUGGUUUUGUAUUUUUUUCCCAGACGCGUCCUGCUCAGGGCGUGCUGGUGCCCUGGAGCCCUGGAGCCUUCUGAGACCUAAAGAGGGGAUGUCUGCUCUGCGCCGCGGCGAUGCGGCCCGCAGCCUGGGGUCCUGGGUAUUGGGAAGAUGUUUAUACAGCCCGGUUAGAGCAUUAAGUUCUUUGCCCGAUAAAAAAAAGGAAUUUUUACAGACUGGACCAGACCUUCAAGAUUUUGUAUCUGGUGAUCUUGCGGACAAGAGCACCUGGGAUGAAUAUAAAGGCAACUUAAAGCGCCAGAAAGGAGAAAGGUUAAGACUGCCUCCAUGGUUAAAGACAGAGAUACCCAUGGGUAAAAAUUACAAUAAACUGAAAAACACAUUGCGGAAUUUAAAUCUCCACACAGUCUGUGAGGAAGCCCGAUGUCCCAACAUUGGAGAGUGUUGGGGAGGUGGAGAGUAUGCCACGGCCACAGCCACCAUCAUGUUGAUGGGGGACACUUGUACAAGAGGUUGCAGAUUUUGUUCUGUGAAGACCGCAAGAAACCCCCCUCCGCUGGACGCCGAUGAGCCCUACAACACGGCCAAAGCAAUUUCAGAGUGGGGUCUGGAUUACGUUGUCCUGACGUCGGUGGAUCGAGAUGAUGUGCCUGACGGGGGAGCUGAGCACAUUGCCAAGACUGUGAUAUGCUUGAAAGAAAGGAAUCCCCAGAUCCUCGUGGAGUGCCUCACCCCGGACUUCCGAGGAGACCUGAGAGCAGUGGAGAAGGUCGCUCUGUCGGGCUUAGACGUGUACGCACAUAACGUAGAGACCGUUCCGGAGCUGCAGAGGAAAGUUCGUGAUCCCCGGGCCAAUUUUGACCAGUCUCUUCGUGUGUUGAAACAUGUCAAGAAAGUUCAGCCUGACAUUGUUUCCAAAACAUCAAUAAUGCUGGGCCUAGGUGAGACGGAUGAGCAGGUCCUCGCCACGAUGAAAGCCUGAGCGCAGGUGACAGUGGGAACAAAGUGUCUGGAGCUGAGGUGGAGGCCAGUGGGAGCGUUCCGGCUUCCGUGUCCAGAACAAACGAAAGGAUGUGGUCGCAAAUGUACAGCAUGCACAGGGGAAGCAGCUUUCCUUGAGCGUCACGGAAUGUGUGCAUGGUGCUCACGAUGGGAUUUUUAGCCCUCCUUGUCCUCACCUAGUCCAAUGAGGAUGGGGUUUCUUUCUGUCGUUGGAUGGUUUUGAGAGCCAGUUAGGUGCCAGGUACUGUGGAUGGGAUUCUGAAGGCUGCAGCUUUAGCUUUAGUAGAGCGCUUGCCCACCAAGUACAGCUGAAAAGGAAAGACUGAUAUGUCACAGGUCAGGUCACGCUCCGAGAACACCUCUGCUCACCAAGGCAGAGCCCAGGACGGUAUGUUCGCCUCAUGUGAAUGUUUUCACUCUAGGAUAAUUGUUCCUUCACCUGUUUUUAUUUUUAAGGCAGAGGUGGAGUUUAUUAAGAAAAACAUUUUAGGGCUGGAGAGAAGGCUCAGCUGUUAAAGGCUAGGCUCACAACCAAAUAUGUAAGAGUUCGGUUCCCAGCACCCGUGGUUCUUCAGCCACCAAAAAGGGGGAAAAAAAGAAUUAACGUAGACUUAAGGAUGGGGGUUAAUAGAGACACACUAAAGGGAAGGAUGCAGUACAGCCAGGCCUGGGCGUGGCUCCCCCAGGGUCACCUCCCUUCACCUGUUAUGCCUGACAGACUCCCAUUCUAAAACCCUCUCCUGUUGUGGCCUUGGUUUGACAGCACUGCAGUGUUGUUGUUUGUUUGUUAUGUUUGUUGUUGUUUCUCUGUGUAGCUCUGGCUGUCUUGGAACUCACUCUGUAGACCAGGCUGGCCUCGAACUCAGAGACCUGCUUGCCUCUGCCUGCCGAGUGCCGAAACUGAAGGCGUGCGCCACCACAUCCAGCCUUGCAUUUUCUUUCUCUCUCCCAGUGUCACACUCCUGUGGCGAUUAUUCCUGUGUUUCCAAUUCUCUUUUUGAAUGACUGGUUUCUCCUGUCCCGUGUUGCCUGUGAUGUAGUUAAGCACAGUGUGGAAGAACCCCCGCCCCAAACCUGUGCUCAGAUCAUAGCGGUAACUGAAACACUGUGGGGCAACCCUGCCUCUUUCC